UCAGUGACAGGGAGAAGGGUUUCUCGUGGCAGAGCGACUCCGAGGGAAACUGCUACUUGGAAUCGGUAAUAUACAAAGAUUUUUCUCAGUGGAUUAUCAUCAUCAUCAGGAUUUCAGCCAGAAUGAAACUGGUUCACAUAGCCCUCCUCUAUCUCGGGUCCGUGACCUUCCUUGGGGUGCAUGCUGCACGGCUAGACGUCGCUUCAGACUUCAAAAGAAAAUGGACCAAAUGGGCACUGAGCCGCGCCAAGCGCGACGCGAUACCUCCCGGCACGUUCAGCGGGCAAGUGGCAGCUGCGGACGUGCAGCCUCUCAUACGGUCACAGGACGUGAAGGAGGAUCCCCGAGUCUCGCAUCCCAGCAGCCCGGAGGAUGCCCGCAUCCGCGUGAAGCGCUACCGCCAGAGCAUGAACGGCUUCCCCCACUUCCAGGCCAUGCGGCUGGGCUGCAGGUUCGGGACCUGCACGAUCCAGCAGCUGGCCCACCAGAUCUAUCAGCUGACGGACAAGGACAAGGACGGCGCUGCCCCCGUGAGCAAGAUCAGCCCCCUGGGAUACGGCCGCAGGCGGCGCUCGGUGCCAGCCCCUAGCCGGACGCAGUCUCCGUGGCUCGCCCUGCUCUCCAGCCGCCGGGACAGCAUGAGCGCCGCAGCCCCAGGCCAGCCCGGCCGGCUGCAGGCGCAGCUCCGCGCCCCCUCUCUCUGGACUUAAGAGCUGCAGCUGAGCAGCCAAGCACCGAGCUGGCGCCACCUCGGAUGGUGGCUUUCCCCGGCGCUUCAGCAUCAGGGAGCCCGUGGGGCCAGGCAGCCUCGGAGACGGAGCAGGGCGCGCACCCGCAGACUUGGGGCUACAGCGGCUGCCGGGUCCCGGAGGCGCUCGGCACCAGCCGGGCCGGGCCCGCCAGCGGCGCAGCGCCCCUAGGAAGGGUCUGGAGCGCGCGAGGGGAGCGCUCACAGCUGGCUCUCUUCUCUCUGGUGCCACAUCACACGGGGCUGCCAAGUGAAGUCGUGUGAACCCUGGAUCUCGGACAUACGGGGACUUAUUCUCCCUGCCUGCCCUGGCCACUGGGCUGGGGGAAGCACCCUCUGCAUUGUCUGCACCCGGCAGGGAAUCGGACACUCACUAGUCCCUGCGGGGACUGCCUUAUACUUGAAUGUAAUGGAGAGAGGAAAAGUGCAAUUGUACGUGGUUUAAUUAAAAGUGCUGUGUGUGUGUAUAAUAAGAUAAAUAUCAAUAUUUAAGAUGUUACUGUUUCCCGUCCUUUUUGCAUCUUUGAAAAGAGUUAUUUUUAUACAGUAUCUAUUUUUGCAUAAGGGCAUUUUAAAAAGCAUUGUAUUCCCUCUAUUUUUCAUAGCGUGAAUGUAAAAUCUUGGUGUUUAACUUUCUCUGAGUCUUUUAUCUUGCAUUCUGGACUGGUGACAGAUGUAGAGAAUGUAUCCGCUAUUCUCCAUGGGUAACGUGUGAAAUA